AUGUUGAGAGAGUACAAAUUGGUAGUAGUAGGUGGAGGUGGUGUUGGUAAAUCAGCACUAACCAUUCAAUUGAUCCAGUCGCAUUUCGUUGACGAAUACGACCCUACGAUCGAAGAUAGUUAUCGAAAGCAAUGUACCAUUGAUGGUGAACAAGUCUUGUUGGAUAUCUUGGAUACUGCUGGACAAGAAGAAUAUUCCGCCAUGAGAGAACAAUACAUGAGAACUGGUGAAGGAUUCCUUUUGGUUUAUUCCAUAAAUUCAAGAAAUUCGUUGGAGGAAUUGCAAACUUUUUAUGAACAGAUUUUACGUGUUAAGGACCGUGACCAAGUACCGGUAUUGGUUGUGGGAAACAAGUGUGAUUUGGAGAUGGAAAGACAAGUUAGUUACGAAGAAGGUCAAGCUUUGGCGAAUAGUUUCAAUUGCCCGUUCGUGGAAACUUCAGCUAAAUUGAGAAUCAAUGUUGAAGAAGCGUUUUUCGAUUUGGUGAAGUAUGUUAGAGCUAGUGAAGAGAGUGAGGGGCAAGAACGUUUGAAAGACGAGGGAGUAUCACCACAACAACAAGAGCAACAACUCAAACAGCAACAACAGCUGCAAGCACAACAGGCUCAAUCCCAAACACAGCCACAAUAUCAAUCGCAACAACAGGCCAAUGGUGUAGUGGGAGGAGCUGCUGCGGGUGCGGGUGCGGGUGCGGGUGUGGGUGCUGGUACUGGCGCUUCUGCCGCUGGUGCUGGAUCUGCAGCUCAGAAAUCAAAUGGAGCUGGACAAAAUAACUCACGAAAACAGCAAUCUCAGCAAAAUGGUUCUAGUGGAGAAAAAUCCAAAUCAGGCUGUUGUGUUAUUGUUUAG